AUAAAAGAAUAACCUACCCAUCUGUGCAGGCACAUAUAUAAAUCCUCUCCUUUCAGACAAACUAGGGUUUCUGCUCUGCUGCUACAAUGGGGAAGGGAACAGGGAGUUUCGGUAAAAGGAGGAACAAGACCCACACCCUCUGUGUCAGAUGCGGCCGUCGCAGCUUCCACCUCCAGAAGAGUCGCUGUGCUGCGUGUGCUUUCCCAGCAGCGCGCACUAGAAAAUAUAACUGGAGCGUGAAGGCUAUUAGGAGAAAGACCACUGGAACUGGAAGAAUGAGAUACCUGCGUCACGUGCCUCGCAGAUUCAAGAGCGGCUUCAGAGAGGGUACCGAGGCUGCACCCAGGAAGAGAGGAGCGGCUACCACUGCCUAAGCUUUCCAGGGUAGCAUUUUUUCUGGAUCAUUGAAUUGUAGGAGUUAAGGCUUCUGUGUUGUGCGGAACCUUGCGGAACAUUUUUUCUUUCUGUCGAUUUGAUCUCAUUUGAUAUAUAUGGAUUUUGUAUUUCCACCUGAGGAUGAUAAGGAAUUUUGAUUUGAUAGUUUUUUACGUUUAAAUUUUAGUUUUCAACUCAGGCCUUA